AUGUCAACCACUACAUCUACUAGUAAUAACAAUAAUGACAAUGACAAUGUCAAAAUUAAAGGUACAGUACAAAUGGUUAAACCCAAAACAUUGCAUUCUCAUGAAUUAUUUCUCGUGAAACAUACGGUACCAUUAGCUGGUCAAGAUGAAUUAUUACAAGGUCCGUUAAAUCAAUUCCCCCAAAAGACACUUGUUAUUCCACCUGAUUGUUUUAACAAACAAAUUAUUGAAAAGGAUAAACUCUUAGAAUAUCCAUUAUCUCAACGAGAUCCCGUUGGUGAAAGAAAAAUAUCUAUAUUUGGUCAAUUAUUAAAUGGUUCAAAAUAUUUAUUUAAUACUUUCACCCUUGCUAGAAUUGGGCAAACACAUUUUUUAUUAGUUAAAGAUUUAAUACAAGCUUUACAAUAUGAAUUAAGCAUGCCUGAUUUUUUAAAUCAAUAUGAUAUCUUAAUAACUCAUUUACCUACCGCUGAAGACAUAGAAUUCUUAAUAGAUAAUCAAAUUAUACAAGAUAAUAUUAGAGCCACUGAAGAAAGAGAAAGUUAUAAAUUUAUUACAUGUAAGGCCGCAUUUGUUAUAUUUGGUGCGUCAGUAGUAGCAUCAGGUCAUCGAUUAGCAGAUGAUUAUUGGGAAACCAUUGGGAAACAACAAGGUUUAACUCAACAUCAUAGAGUACAUAAAUUACCACAACGACUGAUUAGAUUAGUUUACCAAUUGAAACCAUCAUUGAAUGAUUCAAUGUUUACAAGAAUUGAAAAAGAUGAUCAUAUUAUUCCAACAGAUGAAGAAAUAACGUUAUCAAAAGAACCAAUAUCAUUUGUAUCACCAUAUCCAACAAUAACAGAACAACCAUCAAAAGAGAUUAAAGAUGAAUAUUUAUUACAAUUUAGUAAAGGUCAACAUAUUACGACUGUUAUGCCAGGUCAAAGUAUUAACGAUGCAAUGGAAUUAACUGCACAGUUUAAAGUACCAAAAUAUCAUAGUAAAAACUCUUUCUUACAAGCAACUCAAUCUAAGGCAUUAGAUGUACCUAUUGGUAAAUCAUUGGAAGAAAUAAAUAACAGCAAUAACAAUAUCAAUAAUGCUAACUUGGAUUCAAGUAUGGGUUCAUUAUCAUCAAUGACCAGUUUUUCAAAUUCAGUCAAAGGUGCUAUUGCCGGUAGAAAUAAUAGUAACCAUAAUUUAAACAAUAUUAAUAACUAUUCUGAUAAUAUUGAAUCCGAGACAACUACUGCAGCAGCAAGUCCCAACUUUACCCAAUCGAAACCAAUGAGUAGGAUGUUAAGUAAUAUUCUAAGUGAUAGUAAAUCAAAAAAGAAUGAUGACAAUACCGAUUCUCAUGCUCCAUCUACUUCUACUACAACACAUUCAAAGACAAAUGCUAUCUUAAAUAUUAAUGGUUGGAAGUUUGAAACUUUACCAAUAAGGGAAAAUCCAAUACAAAUGAUGAAUACAAUAGAUGAUACAUAUACUUAUAGAGGUUUACCAAUUUAUCAAAGGGAUAGUCUGUUAGUGAAAUUAAAUACUUUGACCCCAAAUCAGAUUAAAGAGGUCGAAUAUUUACAUGAUUCCUUAUUUUUCAAUACUGGUGUUCAAAGAAUGCGUAGUAUGAGAAAGAAGAAAUGGGGCAAAUAUUGGCAGUAUAAAACUGGUAUACCAAUCGGCUUAAAAGCAAAUCAAAUAAAACAACUACAAACAAAAACUUUGAGCGAAAUGUUGGCGGUAACAGAUACACAGGAGAUCUUCAAUGAGGAGACUACUACGGAUGAAAUACAUACCACGAGAAGAGUGCCCAACGGUAAUUUCUAUGGGUUUGCAAAUAUUAGGACAAGGAAACCACCUUAUGCUAACAUCCCCCAAGAAGUCUUAGAACAAAUGAGAGUUAACGGAAAUGUUGGUCAGCAUGUUGUACAAACAAAUACAAUAGCAGAUAAUGAUGCAUUGAAUGAUGCUAAAAGAAAUGACAUGGAACAAACCAUCAAGAAUGAAAAUAAUUCAGAUAAAUAA